AUGGUUGAAAGCUACGCGACUGCUUUGUCAGGGGUACUAAGCGCACUGCAGGGAACUUGCAGAAAUGAAGAUACAGGUGCUAGAAAAGAAUGCAAACGCCAACAAAGAGAAACUCUCAUGAUGCUAGAAGUACUCCAUGCAGGAGCUCCAGAGUACCGUGCUAAAGAAAAAGCGACACUUGAGACAGCUCAAAGUUGUUAUGAUAAAUGCAAAAUUGUUGGGAAAAAUAGAGUUAGGGAAUGCAACUCAAGAUGUUUGAAUGUCAUAUCUCAAGAUAUAUGGAAAGAUGUUUGGGCCGCUUCAGAAGCAGUUAAGAAAGCUCAGGACGCUGGGCAAUAA